AUGGGCGAGGACGGCACAAAACUGCUUCAGCAGAGGCUGGCCGAACGAACCCGCGAAGAUAAAGCAACACGCGAAGCAACCCUGGAGAGCAAAUUUCGUAAGCUGCCUGUCCCAAUCUCAUCCAAGAACGACAAACUGGUGCACAACUUGUCGUUAAAGGAGCUGACGGAGGAACAAAUGCAGGUUUUACGGCAUGAGGCCUCAUUCAACACAGCCGAUGCCAAACCUGCCAUCAUGAUCGCAGCAGUGGAAUCAAUCCUCAGCCAGACGGGAGCGACAGAAGAAACGAAGAACCUCACUCGACACCAAGUGUUCUCCCUCCUCAUGGCUCAUAGGCCGCGCGAUGUGCUUUCCAAGGUCAAGCGCGAUGCACUUAAGGAACUCAGGGCCGACAACGACCUCGUUAUCGUGCCUGCGGACAAGAGGCGUUCAACGGUCGUAUUGGACAGGACAGACUACAAUCAAAAAGCCAAAAGCUUGUUGGAGGAUCGUCAGUCCUAUGUCCCAUGCUAA